GGUUCAGUAAAAGGGAUUUUAUUAAUAUAGUUGUUUUCUUCUUUUUUUUUUUAACACCACUGAACAUAAUUUUUGACUGUCUUUAUCAGCGUUUACUGAAAUUUAUCAGAGAAGAUUGGACAAAAAUUGAGGAAGUGAUGGACCAAUUCUUGGGACACUGGAAACUUGUAAAAAGUGAUAACUUUGAAGCCUACCUGAAAGCUGUCAAUGUCUCCCUCGUGCUCCGUAAAGUCGCCAGCAGGGUCACCACAUACGAAGAGAUCACGCAGGACAGUGACAACACGUGCCACCUGAAACUGACCUCCACAUUCACCACCAACACCCUCACCUUCCAGCUGGGUGUCCCCUUUAAGGAGAUCACCCCCAGCGGACAUCGAAUGAAGACCACAAUAACAAUUGAAGAUGACAAAUGGAUCCAGAUCCAGAUGGCCGAUGAUCCGACAGCCACCGAUUCCAAAGUCACACGGAGACUUCGUGAUCCUGAUUGCAUGAUUGCGACUUAUGAAGCAGGUGAUGUGGUGGCUUACAGGACAAUGGCUCGAUACAAACCAUAGCAGGACAAGGGAGAAGAAAGCUUCUUCUUGCAGCUUCAAUGGUCAAAGUUUGGACUGAGGUCAAGGGUCACGAUCAAGGUCAAGCUUCCAGGCCUAACCCAGGCAAAACUCAAGAUUCAACGUCAUUUGUGUUUGUCUGUCUGUGUGUCUGUGUGAAUUCAAAUGGGUUGUGACAUCAUCAGUUUUGUGUGUCAUAUUGUCACUACUUGUCACUUGACCUCUCAUACAACACGGAGGAUGACCCCUGAAUUGUUAUUGUUAAGAAAUAAAUAUUUUAAGAAAAUA